AUGUGGAGUUCCCACGACAAUGGGACAGACAUGCUAGACACGAAUGCGAAUGCACGUCCGCAACAAAUGGCCGAGGAGGAAGCGAACUCGGUCUUCAGCCACGACGAGGGCUCGAGUGGUGAUGACACGACCAACAACGGCUCGGCCGGCGCCCCGAGGAAGCGCAAGAGGGAGAAGCACCAAAAGACAUCAUGCGAGCUGUGCAAGGCGAGGAAGGUCAAGUGUGAUCGCGCCGAGCCCGCCUGCUCGUGGUGUGCCCGGCACAAUCGAACCUGCGUCUACCUGGAGAGACAGAAACCCGGGAGUCGUAUCGGCUUCAGUCUCGAACUCGAGGCCAAGGUCAACCGCCUCGAUGCCCUGUUGCAGGCUCUCGGCCGUCGUGUAGAGGAGCACAUCUCCAACGACCACGUCGCUGCCGCCACCACCACCGCUACAGCUACCGCCCAAACCCUCUCGCCGGCCAUCAGUAACCAGGCGCCCUCUCAGCCCGAGGCAGGGUUUCGUCAGGACGGGAGCGGCAUCAGUCCGGGCCCUGGCCUCACUAGACCGCCGCCGCCGCCGUCGCAGACGUCGAACGGUCGUACGCCCGCCUUCUCGAGCUCCUUCUGGCAGGCCGGCGAUGCCCAAGACGCCCUUCAGAACGCCGGCGAUCGGACCUCGGUACAGGCUCUCUUGAACCUCUCGGCAGGCGACUCUUUCGGCCAGCCAGGCGCGUCACCCGGCGUCACGGGGCCUCGGAAAGAUGCACCAUCGACCGUUUCGACCGUGUCCGAGUUCCCACCGCACGACAUGCUCUACACGCUCGUCGACCUGUACUUCAAACACUGUAACACGUGGUGCCCGAUCCUGGACCGUAAGACGACCUUUGGCGCCUUCUUCGGCUCGACCUCCCUUAACGAGGCCGACCGGGUCCUGCUGCACGCCAUCGUCGCCACGACCCUGAGGUUCCUGAAAGACCAGCGGCUGUCGUCUGAGAUGCGGUCGCACUACCACGCCGUAUCGAAACACCGGGUGCAGAUGUACGCCAUGGAGAACGUCAGCAUCGCGGCGCUGAGGGCCCUGGUCAUCCUCUGCCUGGACGAGCUCGGGACCUCCAACGGACCCCGCGGCUGGAACAUGCUCGCGCUCCUCGCCCAAAACGUCAGGCAGCUGGAGCUCUGCGAGGAGAGCAGCGUGUACCUCACGGCCGAGGCCGAGGAGACACCGCACACCGGUUCCAUCCGCCGGGUGGCCAUGGGCCGGCCCGAAUCCUGGAUCGAGGACGAGGGCCGGCGGCGCCUUUGCUGGAUGGUGUACCUCCUCGACCGUUACGCGACCAUCGCGACGACGACGUUCGACUUCAUGCUCGACGACAGCAAGAUGAAGCGCGGCCUGCCGUGCUCGUACGACCUCUUCUCCCGGAACGUCCCCGUCGAGACGCGGUCGUGGAUCCAGGCGCCGGACCAGCAGCCCGACGCCCCGGCCAUCAACAAGCCCGAGAACCUCGGCAGCUUCUCGUACCACUGCGAGAUCCUGCGCAUCCUCAGCAAGGUGCACGACUUCCUCAAGACGCCCAUCAACGUCACGUCGUCGGCCGAGAUGGCCGUCUGGCGCAACACGUACAGGUCGCUCGACGGCGCGCUCGACAACUGGCUGCAGAGCCUGCCGAGCGAGUACAGCAGGAUAUCGGCCCUAUGCCACUCCGACCCGGCCAGCCGCGUGGCCAACUGGUUCAUGCUGCAUAGCGCCUAUGUCACGUCGGUCGUGCGUCUGCAUUCCUCGGCCGCGUACCCGACCGUGCGGUCGCACAUCUUCGUCCCGUCGCACUACGCGAUGCAGCGGUGCCUGUCCGCCGUGCAGAGCCUGGGCGACAUCGCCCAGGACGUCUUCGAGGCCAACGGUCUCGAUCUCCUGGGGCCCCCGUUUGCUUUCUCCUUGUGGGUGGCUGCGCGGUUGCUGCUCAUCCACGCCGCCACCGUCGGGUGUCCCGUCGACCCCAAGAUUGACUUCUUCAUCGAGACGCUGCGCCAUGUCGGGCAAUACUGGGAGGUGGCGAACAACUACGCCAAGAUCCUCGCCCGGGUGGUGCAGCGCGGGCGUCAGGGCGACAUGAGCUUCACCGCCAUGAGAAAGAGCGCUCACGAUCUCGUUACAUUGACAUCCUCCACGCGGCGGUCUGGGUUGGAGCCGACAUCGACCCAAGUAACCUCCCUUAGCGAGCUCGACAACAUUGACGUUUUCGACUUCUUCAACUACCCCAAGAUGUCGGAGCCGACAAGGAUGGCAAACGGCCAGACCAACCUGUUGCAGGCCCAGGCCAUGAGCGGGCUGGGCGGCGAUUCCAUGAGGAGUACCGGGGUGCCGGAUCCCGAGUCAGAUUGGCUCGGCUUCAACACGCCUUUCAACUGA